GGCGGGGCGGGGCCGGCGGCAGCAAUGGCGGCCAGCGGCAAGUCCUUCCUGGCCGACGCGGGCUAUGGCGAGCAGGAGCUGGACGCCAACUCCGCCCUCAUGGAGCUGGACAAAGGCCUCAGGUCUGGCAAGCUCGGGGAGCAGUGCGAAGCCGUCGUUCGUUUUCCCAGGCUCUUCCAGAAAUACCCGUUCCCCAUUCUCAUCAACUCGGCGUUCCUAAAGCUGGCCGAUGUUUUCAGAGUGGGGAACAACUUCCUGAGGCUGUGUGUGCUGAAAGUUACUCAGCAGAGUGAGAAGCACUUGGAGAAGAUCCUAAAUGUGGAUGAAUUUGUCAAGAGAGUUUUCUCAGUAAUCCACAGCAAUGAUCCGGUUGCUCGGGCUAUUACGCUCCGGAUGUUGGGCAGCAUGGCAUCUAUCAUUCCAGAAAGGAAGAAUGCACAUCACAGCAUUCGCCAGAGUUUGGAUUCCCAUGAUAAUGUGGAAGUUGAAGCUGCUAUAUUUGCUGCUGCCAACUUUUCUGCGCAAUCUAAGGAUUUUGCUGUUGGAAUAUGUAAUAAAAUCAGCGAGAUGAUUCAAGGUUUGGCCACACCUGUGGACUUGAAGCUGAAGUUGAUCCCUAUUCUGCAGCACAUGCACCACGAUGCCAGCCUGGCCUCCAGCUCCCGGCAGCUGCUGCAGCAGUUGGUGACAUCCUACCCCUCCACCAAGAUGGUCAUUGUCACUCUGCACACCUUUACUCUGCUUGCUGCUUCUUCUUUGGUUGACAUUCCCAAGCAGAUUCAACUUUUGUUGCAGUACUUGAAAAAUGACCCCAGGAAGGCUGUGAAGAGGCUUGCAAUCCAGGAUUUGAAGUUGUUGGCCAACAAGACACCACAUACAUGGAGCAGAGAAAAUAUUCAGGCACUCUGUGAAUCUGCUCUUAACACUCCUUAUGACAGCUUGAAAAUGGGCAUGUUAUCUGUUCUUUCCACAUUAUCAGGGACCAUUGCCAUUAAACAGUACUUCAGCAGUGCUCCAGGAGCAGCUGCUACAACUGCCAGGUCAUUUGAUUUGGUAAAACUAGCACAGGAAUGCUGUUACCAUACUAACCGUGGCAUUGCUGCUCAUGGAGUGAGAAUUCUGACCAAUAUUUCAGCCUCUUGCCAGGAAAAAGAUCUUCUGCCUUUGGAGCAAGAUGCAGUUUUUGGCUUAGAAGCUCUUCUUGUUCUCUGUAGUCAAGAUGACAGCCCAGGAGCUCAGGCAACCUUAAAGAUCACGCUGACCUGCAUGGUGAAGCUGGUGAAGUGCCGCCCUCACCUGAGCCAGUCCGUGGUGGAAUCCCUGCUGGCACAGCUGCACAGUGCCCAGGACAAUGCCAGGAUCCUCAUGUGCCACUGCCUGGCAGCCAUUGCCAUGCAGCUGCCUGUCUUGGCGGAUGGGAUGCUAGGAGACCUAAUGGACCUCUAUAAAUUAAUUGGACAAUCUGCUACAGAUAAAAAGCAGGAACUCUUGGUUUCUCUUGCCACAGUGAUAUUUGUUUCCAGUCAGAAAGCUUUGUCCACAGAAAUCAAAACUGUUAUUAAACAGCAGCUUGAGAAUGCCUCCAAUGGGUGGACAGCCUACAGGAUAGCCAGGCAGGCUUCCAGGAUGGGCAACCACGACAUGGCCAGAGAGCUGUACCAGAGCCUGCUGACCCAAGUGGCUUCAGAGCACUUCUACUUCUGGCUGAACAGCCUGAAGGAGUUCUCCCAUGCAGAGCAGUGCCUGGCAGGCCUGCAGGAGGACAACUACAGCUCCGCGCUCUCCUGCAUCGCCGAAGCCUUGAAGUCCUACCACAAAGGAAUAGCGUCACUGACGGCUGCUAGUACGCCACUUAAUCCUCUGAGCUUUCAAUGUGGAUUUGUGAAACUCAGGAUUGACCUUCUGCAAGCUUUUUCUCAACUUAUUUGUACCUGCAACAGCCUCAAAACAAGUCCACCCCCAGCUAUUGCCACAACGAUCGCUAUGACGUCGGGAAAUGAUCUCCAGAGGUGUGGCCGCAUCUCCAACCAGAUGAAACACUCAAUGGAGGAAUUCCGAAACUUGGCUACACGGUAUGGAGAUCUCUAUCAGUCAUCUUUUGAUGCAGACUCAGCAACUCUAAGGAACGUAGAACUACAACAGCAGAGCUGCCUGUUGAUUUCACAUGCAAUAGAAGCUCUGAUUUUGGAUCCAGAAUCUGCAAGUUUCCAGGAAUAUAGCUCAAAUGGAACAGCUCAUGUUGAAAGUGAAUAUGAAAGAAGAAUGAUGUCUGUAUUUAAUCAUGUACUAGAGGAAGUGGAAUCCCUCAACAGGAAGUAUGCUCCUGUGUCUUACUUGCAUACAGCUUGUCUGUGCAAUGCUGUCAUUGCCUUGUUGAAGGUGCCCCUUUCAUUUCAGAGGUACUUUUUCCAAAAGCUGCAAUCUACAAGUAUUAAGCUCGCUCUAUCCCCAUCUCCAAGGAACCCAGCAGAGCCUAUAGCAGUACAGAACAACCAGCAGCUGGCCCUCAAGGUGGAAGGAGUGGUUCAGCACGGAUCUAAACCAGGCCUUUUCCGUAAAAUCCAGUCUGUCUGUCUGAAUGUCUCUUCAGUGCUGCAGAGCAAAUCUGGACAAGACUAUAAGAUUCCUCUUGACAACAUGACCAAUGAAAUGGAGCAGAGGGUGGAACCGCACAACGACUACUUCAGCACUCAGUUCCUGCUAAACUUUGUGAUCCUUGGCACCCACAACAUCACCGUGGAGUCCUCUGUGAUAGAUUCAAAUGGUAUUGUCUGGAAAACUGGGCCUAAAACAACUAUUUUUGUGAAGUCUCUUGAGGAUCCAUACUCCCAGCAGGUUCGUCUCCAGCAGCAGCAGGGCCAGCCUCCAUCGCAGCAGCAGCAGCAGAGAACCGCGUACUCGCGCUUCUGAUUCCACCAGUGACUCCACCAGGUCAACUGGUACUGCCAUUUUUUUGGACACUGCUUUUUUAAAUGUUUUUUGAAGAUUUUGUAUUGCAGCCUUCUCCUAGAAAGUCACAGAUGCCAGUUUGUUGCUUCUUGAAUUAUCUGGAGUAAAUUUGAACUUGAUUCAGCAGAGGCAGCUGUUUAAAUUUGGAGUUGUGCUCUUACUAUAAGAACUUCUGCCUGAUCUCUGACUUUGGUUUACAAACCUGUUCCAGCAGGCUUCACAAACUGCAAUGGCAGGGGACACUAGGCUUCUUGACUGGUACUUUCUGUGCUGUUGUUUUUUGAAGCACAUAGGUUCUAAUGUCAGGCUUACAGGACAUAGGGAAGGACUUCUGUUUGGCUGGUUACACACACUUGGUAUUACACUCAUUUCUGUGUCUUUUAAUGUGAAGGAAUUGGCAGGAAUAUCCAGAGAUUCUUUUUCUGACAUUUUAUUUGCAAGUUCCAGUAUUUGGCUGGUGUAUGUAUGUUAUUAAAAUUCUUCAGCACUACUUAGUGCAUGCAGCUGGAAGAAAAAAAAUUGCAGUUCACUUGUGAUACCCAGUCGCUGCAGGGAGAAGAGACUGCUUGAGGGUUUGCUGUCUGGGGAGUCUUGCAAGAGGCAGAGUUUUACAGGUGGGAAUAAUCACUGUCUCUUAGAUUAUAUGGAAGCUAUUACCAUGUUGUUUUUUAAAAUUUUCAUGCAUCUGUAUUUCUGAAAACUUUUGUAGGGUUUUUUUUAAUUUGCUCUUUUAAGAGGGAAAUUAAAAUGAAUGACACCUUG